UUCAGCUCAUUGUUUGUGGGGUUGAAUUUCUGAGUUUUUGCUCUGCUCAUUACAGCCACGAAGGUUUUGAAUGGAGGAUUUGACAUUACGUCAAGCAAGGCUAUGUAGGCGUUCUAGACGACUUGCUGAAUCGUGAACUGCAUGCUUUGACUGUGAGAUUCUGGGAGUAAGCAUGACAGCCAUUGUGAACUGUACUAACCGAAGCCUGGUGCCACUGUUACCUUACUUUGAGUCUGAGCGGUGAAAGGACAUUGGGGAGAUUAUGAGCACUGUCAUGUAUACCUGUACGUUCAUAGCUUGAAAGAUGUUUAUGCCUGAGGUGAUGAGGGUCGCAAAAUGACCACAACAAUUCCACACAUACGUAUUGCUGAUGACAGCGCAGUCAAGGAGAGCUAUGAGGUGGGGAAGAAGCUUGGGCAGGGAAGCUUUGGGAAGGUCCAUGAGGCCCAGCACCGAGACACCAGCAAGUCCUGGGCCAUCAAGAGCAUCAACAAGGAGAAGGCGGGGAGCUCGGCUCUCAAGUUGAUAGAGCGGGAAGUGGCCAUCUUGAAGAGAGUAAAUCAUCCUAACAUCAUCCAGCUCAAUGAAGUACUGGAAUCCCCAACGCGGAUGUUCCUGGUGAUGGAGUUGUGUGAUGGAGGAGAGAUGGCUGACUCCCUGAAAGACAACAAACACUUUUCAGAAGCUGAUACCAAAACUGUCAUUAAAAGAUUAGCAAGUGCAAUCUCAUAUCUACAUAAAAAUGACAUUGUACAUCGAGAUAUCAAACUAGAAAAUAUUCUCCUCAGUCAAAACCCUGAUGAUCCACACGACAAGUUACAUAUUAAGGUGACUGACUUUGGAUUAUCUGUAGUGAAGGGAGGCGCGGGACAUGACAACAUGAUGCAGGACUUCUGUGGUACACCAAUGUACAUGUCCCCGGAGAUAAUCGACAACAAGACCUAUAGCCAGCAGUGUGACGUGUGGGCCAUGGGGGUCAUUAUGUAUAUCAUGUUGUGUGGGUACCCACCAUUCCGCAGUAAUGAUGAAGACUCCUUGUAUGAAAUUAUCAAGAAAGGAGAAGUAGAUUUUAGUGAGGAACCAUGGCCACAGAUCAGUGAAGAAGCAAAGAUGUGUAUCCAGCGAAUGCUGAAGGUUGACCCUGCUCACCGGAUGUCUGCGGCGGAAGUGCUGGACCACUCCUGGCUAACAGGCCAGACCCACGACAGCACGAAGCCAGUGAACGUUCUGGAGAUGAUGAAGGAAUGGGGUCCGGAGUUGAAGAAGGGGGGAAGCUGUGAAGAGAACCCUGAGAGUGCAAUAAAUGGGGACAGCCCAGACGGUGACAUCAAGGAGAGUGCCUCCUCCACCAGCGACAACACCUCCCACAAUGCUGCACCGGAUGCCGCCAAGGGUAGUUCAAGCGAUACAAGGAAGGGAUCUGGAGGAGGCAAACGGUCCAAUGACAGUCGCACACCGCCUAACUCUGGUACCAAACAUGGGGCUACAGGAAGAGGAACAAAGCCCGGAGGUAGUACAGGAGGUGCCACGAGGAUAAACCCAUCUACCAAACCACCUGCCACACAGACAGGAUCCAAACCAGGAAAUACCGGUGGAAGGACAGCUGGUGGUGGCACCGCCAAUAAGAAAACUGCUGUGAACUCGAACAAUACAAAAACACCAUCUGCUUACACAAGAAACCAAAAGAAAUAACCCCAAAUUAGUGUAGCAUUAAGUAUACCCUUAUUCCAACAGCACUGCUGUGGAUGGUGACUUUACAGUAUGUGUGUAUAUAUUUUACAUCUAUGUAUCGCUGAGUGAAGUGCUAACAGAAGAUUACCGGGCAAGAAGAUCCUUUCUUCAGGAGCAACCAUAUGCUGAUCAGUCAGGUCACAUGACUUGUUAGUAGGUCACAUGACUUGUGAGGAGGUCACAUGAUGUGUUGGCAGGCCAUGUGACUACAGGGGUUUUUCUGUGUGCUGAUGCUGCGGAAGUUUAGUGUGGAAGGGGAGAUAACUUGUUCCCGCUGUACUGUUGAUUUAUAUGUAGCUUGCUGAUUGGUUAAAUUAAUAUAAAUAAUCAUGUUUUUCUCAUUCUUGAUUACAUCAUGGUUGACAUUUGUAUUAAUAUAUUUUUUUGUGGGAGGGUUGAAAUUUUGUAUUGAGACUUUGUUUUUGUAGACAGAUUAAAUAACAGGACGACUGCACAAGUUUGGUUUCUAUCCAUGUCCAGUCUUUCUCCCUGCUUUGAUUGAAAUUGAUUGUCAAGUGGCCAAGUCUCAGACAGUGUUGGAAGUUGAAUGACAAUUUUUUGUAGUGAGAUCGACCUUGUUGUGAUGUUUAGAGAUGUGAUAUUUUAGACGUAGCCUUAUCCAAACUGCUGUGAAGAGUGAUAGGAAACAAGUGCCUUUCCCUGCUUGAACAGCCAUUCGGCAUUACACUUUCCUACUUCUAGGAAUGUACCAAUAUUGUAUAUUCAAAGUUUCAAAUGCAUUUAUUUUGUUAAAUGUGUGAUAUGUAAAAAGAUCCAUUGUAUAGAAUAGAAUCGUGAUAAGAAGCUUGUUAUCCAUGUCCUACAUAUCAGCAGUGAGUUUACACCACAAAGUACAAGAUCAGAGCUGCACUGGAAGCUUUUACCAUGGCCAUAUUCUACAUAAUCAGACAAAGAAAAAUAUACUCCACACUUCUCAUCUCUUUUUGAAAAUGUUUUCCCGCUAAGCACGCCCCAAUACCCAACAGUUGUGUGUCCCUUGUUAUGUGCACAUGUAUGUCCCCCAGCUCCCUACUCUGCUCCCUGAGGCCAUGCACUGUAGUGGAGCUCCUGGUGUUGUGAUAUAUAAAUCUGAUAUUGCACCUUUUCAACUGGAUAAAGGAUUCAAAAUA